UGAAUUAAAACGCAAUAAAAAGCGAGAUGAGCAAUACGAGUUAUCACCAUUCGUCGGCGGCCAGCGUUACCCUAUACUUAAGGUUUCUCCGCGAAAAUCGACUGCUCUGCACUUCACGAUGCGUCCCACUCAAUUUUUGACAAUCUGCUUCAUUUGUCUCUUCAGUCGUGCCCACUCGUAUUCUCUAGAGUCCCUUGGGUUGAGCCAACUCAGCAAUGUUUUUCGCGGCGGUUAUGGAGGUUCGAAAGUGGCUGAUGACAUGGAAUUGAGACAAGAGUUAACCGACGCUCCUAUUACCGACGCUCCCAUCACCGACGCUCCUAUAACUGACGCUCCCAUCACCGACGCUCCUAUAACUGACGCUCCUAUAACUGACGCUCCCAUCACCGACGCUCCCAUCACAGACGCUCCUAUUACCGAUGCUCCCAUUACCGACGCUCCCAUCACCGAUUCUCCCAUUACCGAUGCCCCAAUUACUGAUGCUCCUAUUACCGAUGCUCCCAUCACUGAUGCUCCUAUCACUGACGCUCCUAUUACUGAUGCCCCGACGGACCCACCAACUACAACUAAACCUACCACAAAAAAGCCAACCACAAAAAAACCAACAACUAAAAAACCAACAACUAAAAAGCCAACAACUAAAAAACCCACAACUAAAAAACCCACCACUAAGAAACCUACCACAAAGAAACCCACAACCAAAAAACCCACAACCAAAAAACCUACCACAAAGAAACCUACUACCAAGAAACCCACCACAAAGAAACCCACAACCAAAAAACCCACCACUAAAAAACCUACCACCAAGAAGCCAACAACAAAGAAACCUACGAAAAAACCGGUUGGUUAGAGUUGGAGUCAGAUCGAUCCUCGAUCAACCCAUUCUCCGCUUCCGAAUUUCGUGACAGUUAAGGCUUCUGCAUCCGAAAAUUGAUCGCCCAAAUUCCUAUACCAAAUAUUCGUAUCUUCAAAAUGAAAUUGGCUUAUGUUGUUCCUACGUAUUUAGUCACCAUCAGCAUUACUUAUAUAUGUUUAAUUUGAGUGUUGUUUUUGUGCUACAAAUCGCAUGUUGAUGAAUAAGGGCAAAAUAAAAUUCUUUGAUCAGCAA